AUUAUUCGCACUUUCGCAAGACAAUGGCAAACAAUGUAAAAAAGCUCCUGCAAGUAUCUGAGGAGGCGGCUCCCUUGAUUCAGAUUCCCGUAAUGGUGGGCAAUGAGAUGUUUGUGCUCACCCAACAGGACGUUAGGCGAACGGAGGAUAUACGCUAUUUGAGCUACGAUCGCAUUGCGCCCAAUGUCCAUCUGUUUCCCACGGCAGCACCCGCUGCAGCUCCAGUCAACUACUUUGGCGGGCUCUUCACACCUCUGGCGCUGCCUUGUACAGCCCCUCCGGAACUGUUUGGUCGGAAGAAGGCAGAACCGGCCCCAGGCAAUGUGGCCGAUGUGGCUACCCAAAUGGCCUGGUCCAAGGAGAAGGAGAUCGAACCCUCAAAUCGCGCACCCUUGCGCUACAGUGCGGCCACCUCCACCUCUAGCCUGACCAAGAGCUGUGCUUGCCAGCACGAUCCGCCAAAGUCGAGGAGCCAGCAUACCAGCUGUAAUUCUCAUACUGCUCGGAAUGCCUGUGUCCAGACCAAGGGCACAACUUCUUCGACUGCUUCCAGUACUGGCUCCAAGUCCAUUUGGAAACCCGUGGCGUCUGAUAUGUCGGUUGCGGAAUCGAAGAGCAAUGUAAAUAUAUCUUCACCUGGAAAUGUAUCAGAUGCGGAGUCGAAGGACAAUUGCAAUGGAAAUUCGGAAGGUAGCGUGCCCGCCAAGGAGUCCAAGUGUCCCAGCCGUCACUGCAAGUCCCAACAAACAUGCACAUACUCGGAUGGGCAGAGCUAUCAUCGAUGCAGUCCGCGGGAGGGGAGGUUUCGACCACAGCAGCAUCAGUCGAGUAGAUGUGCACAAUAUAAGUCGCAUGGAUGUGCUCAAGAUCGUACUCGUGCACAGUCGCAAGAGCAGCUAACGGCAGCCCAACAGGAUCAGCGCAGCUCCCAAAGGGAUAAGGCAAAGUUCUCUCGAAGUGUCUACUUCUCCCCGCUAGAGGAUGCUUCAUCUGUUUAGAAGAAUCCGAACAACGAAGAACAGCAGCGUCAACGCCACGAGAAUAAUAGAGCGAAGGGCAGCAAAUCACAAUUGCAUUCUAUUGUCCAUAUUUUCUUUAACUAAUUUAUAAAUCUUGUCUGGCUUAACAA